UACUGUUUCCAGUUCCGGUACAGUGGUGGUAUCCUUCACAAACAGGCGAAAUGUUGACCCGACUGUUGCGGCUCGGGCCCGCUCUGCCCCGGUUAUUGUUAAACCAGCCGGCCCGGUUUGUGUCUCAGUCCAAACCGAGCGGUUCCGCCGGUUCGGCCGCUGUGACGCAGCUGCACCCCGCGGUUGACCAGGGUGGACAUGGCGAGGUCGACCCGUACCUCAAGAAUCCAGACUACCAUGGCUUCUCCCAAGACCCUCAUGUGGAUUUGUGGAACAUGAGGAUGGCCUUCUUCUGUGGUAUCUCGGUGGUUCUCGUUAUAGGAGGGACUUUUCUCGCCUAUAUACCAGACAACGCUGAGACUUGGGGCAGGAGGGAGGCAGAGCGUCUGAUUGUGCAGAGAGAGGCACAGGGUCUACCUCUGAUAAGCGAGAACUACUACGACCCGAGCACGAUCGUCCUGCCCACGGCUGGAGAGGAGUAGAGUCCAACCUGCACUCACUGUAUUCAUAAUUAUUGUAUUUCACCAGGAGAGAAUAAAAUAUGUACUUGUUUAAUUGUUUAA